AUGCGUGCCUGGAUUCUCUCGCCAGCCACAAUCGCAGCUGCCAUGCUAUCCAUGCAGGAGAAAGCAAUUCCUACCAUUCUGGGGCCUACGAAAUUGUCGUUCUUCAUCCUGACACCCUUCCUGACUCUGGCUUUGUAUACAAUGUCAUGGAUGAUUCGCUCCUGGGAGAAGAUUCAGCGACUUUUCGUUCACCUAAUGAAAUCGCAGGAUGCCCUUCAACCAGACACUAUUGAACUGGAAGAGGUUGUAUAG